AUGGCCCCCACCAAGAAGUCCAAGGCCGCAAAGUCCAGCGAGUCUAUCGCCGCCCGUCUUGCCCUUGUCGUGAAAUCGGGCAAAUACAGCCUGGGGUACAAAUCCGCGCUCAAGCAAAUGCGCAACGGCAAAGCCAAACUCAUUCUCAUUGCCGCUAACUGCCCCCCUCUGCGCAAAUCUGAAAUCGAAUAUUAUGCCAUGCUUUCAAAAACGACUGUGCACCACUUCUCGGGCACCAAUGUCGCGCUUGGCACUGCUGCCGGAAAGCUCUUCCGUGUCGGUGUUAUGACCAUCACGGACCCAGGAGACUCAGAUCUCCUCAACUUCGCUGGUGGGGAGGCCGCUUAG